AUGGAUUUUGGGUUUGGAGACUCCUUAUACCCAAAUAUUGGGGGUAUCAGACAAUUUUUCGAACAUGACCCCUUUAUCGGUCCAUCAUCUGGCUUCCACCACAUGGCCAGAAUGAUGGACAGAAUGAUGGUGGAGAGCCUCCAACCCUUUGGGUUCGCAAGAAUGACAGCGCGACGGAACGGUGACCAGAAGGGUGAAGACAACCCUCCCAGAGACGGCCUUCGGACGGAAAGGAGCGAGGUCAGAAGAGAAAGAGCCAAGAACAAACCACCCAAUACACAUGCGGCUAACGGGACUAGACACCUACCCACGCAAGUUGUAACACCACAAGUUAUAAACUUCCAAGAUUCAGGAUCAGAUGCAGUUCAAAAACAGCCAGAUCCUACUACAGAGAAAUGGAUGGGUACAUUAAGACGUCGAGACCCAAACCUGCAACCUACGCUUCCUUCAAUAGUGUCCAGAAAGAAUUCUUCCGUACUCUCUGCAGUGAGCAGUGGAAGAAAGACUAGAUCAGUAGAGAGAAUGCCAAGAGGAAAAAGAAAUCUGAUUCCUAUAAAACCUACAGUAAGGAAAACUGAUCCAAAUAUGGAAGGUGGUGAUGUAACGACAGUCUAUGAAAAAGACGAGAAACCAGAAAAAGUUUUUGAUGCGUCUGGUUAUGAAUAUCAUCUAGUUGAGACUCUGGAAAGGGAUAUUCUACAGCGGAACCCUGAUGUUCGUUGGAAGGAUGUAGUUGGGCUGGAUGAUGCAAAAUCUGUUUUACAGGAGGCUGUGGUUCUGCCUUUGGUGAUGCCUGAUUAUUUUAAGGGCAUUCGACGACCAUGGAAAGGCGUACUACUAACAGGACCUCCGGGAACCGGCAAGACCUUACUGGCAAGGGCUGUCGCCACAGAAUGUCGUACUACCUUCUUCAAUGUAUCGUCAGCAACUCUCACUUCUAAGUAUCGGGGAGAUUCUGAAAAACUAGUGCGUCUGUUAUUUGACAUGGCAGCAUUUUAUGCACCCAGCACAAUAUUUCUGGACGAGGUAGAUUCGCUCUGCGCGGUAAGAGGUGCGGACUCAGAGCAUGAAGCUUCAAGACGGUUUAAAGCUGAAUUGCUUAUACAGAUGGAUGGACUUUGCGCUGCUUUUCAUCGAGACAAAAUAAUAAUGGUCCUGGCCGCCACGAACCAUCCAUGGGACAUCGACGAGGCGUUUAGGAGACGAUUCGAAAAGAGGAUCUACAUCGGUCUACCUGAUGAGGCAACGAGGGUGAAACUACUGAAGUUGUGUCUUUGUGAGGUGGUCAUGGCUGACAAUGUAGACUUAUCGGAAGUUGCUUCCAAACUUGAUGGCUACAGCGGCUCCGACAUCACUAACCUUUGUAGAGACGCUGCAAUGAUGACAAUGCGUAGAAAAAUAGCCGGCAAGAAUCCAGAACAGAUACGAAAGCUAAAACGUUCGGAACUGGAUGCGCCCGUUUCCGUAGAAGACCUGAGUGCCGCUAUUGAGAAGACCAGACGGACGGUGUCACAGGUCGACGUGGAUCGUUACAGGGACUGGAUGCACAAGCACGGCUGCUCCUAG